CCUUGGGCUGGGGUCUGACUCCCCGGGGGUGCUCGCGGAGAGGCGUCCCAGAAACCCGACCCCCACCCGACCGGGCGCAGGCCCCACGUGCGGGGCGGGGGCGGGGUCCCGCACAAAGACCCGGCGGAGCGCGCUCUAGCCCUGAGCGGCCGGGCGGGGGAGGCGGGCGCGCGCAUUCCCGGUGGCGGUGGAGGGAAGGGCCGGUCGGCCGGCGCCGCCGUGGGAGGUCCGCUGCCCCUUUGUCCCCGCGGGGCCUCCUCCAAGCCGGGAGAGUGUCAGCACUCGAGAGAAAGUCCGGACAGCCUCACUUUCUGCCGGGCGGGUCUUACACGGAUAGAAGCCUCGCGGCAGCAUUCCUUCCAGUUUCCUAGCCUCUUCACGAGCUGUUCCCUGCUUUACCCAAAUGCUGUCGUUUCUCUGGAUCAAGGGUUCUUCACGGUGUACAGGUUCCUGAGCUGGUGCCAGGCAGGUGACACCUGCAGCCCCCAGCAUGCGGGCAGGCCCAGGCCCCGCCGUUACGCUGGCCCUGGUGCUGGCGGUGGCAUGGGCCAUGGAGCUCAAGCCCACAGCACCACCCAUCUUCACAGGCCGGCCCUUUGUGGUAGCGUGGGACGUGCCCACACAGGAUUGCGGCCCACGCCUCAAGGUGCCACUGGACCUGAAUGCCUUUGAUGUGCAGGCCUCACCUAAUGAGGGUUUUGUGAACCAGAAUAUCACCAUCUUCUACCGCGACCGUCUAGGCCUGUAUCCACGCUUUGAUUCCGCGGGAAGGUCUGUGCAUGGUGGUGUGCCACAGAAUGUCAGCCUCUGGGCACACCGGAAGAUGCUGCAGAAACGUGUGGAGCACUACAUUCGGACACAGGAGUCUGCGGGGCUGGCGGUCAUCGACUGGGAGGACUGGCGACCUGUGUGGGUGCGCAACUGGCAGGAGAAAGAUGUGUACCGCCGGUCAUCACGCCAGCUGGUGGCCAGUCGUCAUCCUGACUGGCCUCCAGACCGCAUAGUCAAACAGGCACAAUAUGAGUUUGAGUUCGCAGCACAGCAGUUCAUGCUGGAGACACUGCGUUAUGUCAAGGCAGUGCGGCCCCGGCACCUCUGGGGCUUCUACCUCUUUCCUGACUGCUACAAUCAUGAUUAUGUGCAGAACUGGGAGAGCUACACAGGCCGCUGCCCUGAUGUUGAGGUGGCCCGCAAUGACCAGCUGGCCUGGCUGUGGGCUGAGAGCACGGCCCUCUUCCCGUCUGUCUACCUGGACGAGACACUCGCUUCCUCCCGCCAUGGCCGCAACUUUGUGAGCUUCCGUGUUCAGGAGGCCCUUCGUGUGGCUCGCACCCACCAUGCCAACCACGCACUCCCAGUCUACGUCUUCACACGGCCCACCUAUAGCCGCAGGCUCACGGGGCUUAGUGAGAUGGACCUCAUCUCUACCAUUGGCGAGAGUGCGGCCCUGGGCGCAGCUGGUGUCAUCCUCUGGGGCGACGCAGGGUACACCACAAGCACGGAGACCUGCCAGUACCUCAAAGAUUACCUGACACGGCUGCUGGUCCCCUAUGUGGUCAAUGUGUCCUGGGCUACCCAAUAUUGCAGCUGGGCCCAGUGUCAUGGCCAUGGGCGCUGUGUGCGCCGCAACCCCAGUGCCAAUACCUUCCUGCAUCUCAGCACCAACAGCUUCCGCCUAGUGCCUGGCCAUGCACCUGGUGAACCCCAGCUACGACCUGUGGGGGAGCUCAGCUGGGCCGACCUUGACCACCUGCAGACACACUUCCGCUGCCAGUGCUACUUGGGCUGGAGUGGUGAGCAAUGCCAGUGGGACCAUAGGCAGGCAGCUGGGGGUGCCAGCGAGGCCUGGGCUGAGUCCCACCUCACCAGUCUGCUGGUUCUGGCAGCCCUGGCCUUUACCUGGGCCUUGUAGGGGUCUCCUGCCUAGCUGCCCAGCAAGCUGGCCUCUACCACAAGGGCUCUCUUAGGCAUGUAGGACCCUGCAGGGGGUGGACAAACUGGAGUCUGGAGUGGGCAGAGCCCCCAGGAAGCCCAGGAGGGCAUACCAGCUCGCACCCCCCUGUUCUAAGGGGGAGGGGAAGUCCCCUGGGAGCCCCCUUCUCUCCCUGCCAGAGGGGAAGGAGGGUACAGCUGGGCUGGGGAGGACCUGACCCUACUCCCUUGCCCUGGAUAGUUUAUUAUUAUUAUUUUGGGGUCUCUUUUGUAAAUUAAACAUAAAACAAUUGCUUCUCUG